AAAUAAAAUGUUUAAAAACUUGAAAAAUGGAGUUGGCUUUUCGCUCCUAAAAAAAAAAAAUAUAUCAGGGACAUUAAAAAAAUGUCUCCAAUAAAGAAUUCCAAAAAUUAAUUCGGGGAAGGAUAUAGACAUAGACAGUUAUCUGAAAACAAAACUCAGAAAUGAAAGGAAAAACUGCCCAAAAAGAUUAAACAAAAAAUAAAACAUCACAAAACAAUACACUGCACUUUUUGAGGUGAAAAAAUAUAAAGGGGAAAUAUCCCUCCCCCCCACCCCAACUAUACGAAGACAAAAUAUGAGUAAAAUAAAACAUCUUAUUGAAUCAAAAUCGACAUUCGAAAAUUUGGACUUAAAUUACUGGGGGAAAAAAAAUUCUACACACAUAUAAAAUAUAGUCCCCCCCCCUCCCCCAAAUAUCCGAAAAUAUUAGAAAAGAAUGCAGCAAACCCAAAAGACAAUAUAUGAAGCGUGCCUGGGUAUAUUUUUAGAUUUGAGAGUGAAUUUUGGGAUCUCCUGUGCGAGGGAGGGCGAACGACGCUGAUGUGUCAGUCAAACGGACGCUUGACACGUGUUGCAAGGGUGAACUUUUCCGAGUGUGUCAGCUGUGGGUGUGUUCAGUCCAGUAUGAUGAUGGGGAUGAUGAUGAUGAAGGGAUGAGGAUGCUUCCUCAUAAAAAGACACGAGACACCAGUGAGGAGCAAUGUGAAGAACAGACGCCAUGGCUCCCGCACUCAAAAGACUGCUGCUGCACUCUGCGCUGCUGGUGACGCUGGUGGCGCUUCAAUGUCGCCCGGCGCUCCUCGCCGCCAUCUCUUGCCAGGACGCCUUCUCCAGACUCAAGCUGAUCACCCUCACGCUCGGCCUUGAAACGGACCACCUGCUCGACGAAUAUAUGGCCUUUCACGGGCUGAGCGGCGUGCCUCCCAAUGUCCCCAACUACACCGUGAGGGGCUCCAACUUCUCCGAGCAGCUUCAGGACAUCUACGCUCAUAACGUGGUGUUCAACCUGCAUAUCGACAAGGUGAAAGAGUACCAAAUUGCAGACUGGGGCAACCCGAUCAACGUGGCCGAGCCUCUGAACCAGGUCAAAUGGAGUCUUUUCAGCCAAACGAAUAUGUUGGUGCUCUUGGCCCAGCGGAUCGACCCGGAGGUGGCGCUGACAACGGUAGAGCCUCCGCACCAAAGCCACAAUCACAGUUGGGCCAAGAAGUCCUACGGCUGGAAAGUCAUCGUCGGCCUGAAAGACUGGCUCGCCGAGGUCAACAAGGUCCUGAAGGCGGCUCAGGAGCCGUGCGACAACCACAUCGACGAGGCUUCGGGUGGAUCAAGAACUCUUGGGGCCAGGCCCCAAAAUCCAACUCAAGGAGGGAACUGGAUCUGAGCCGCUAAAGUUUUUCGCUGCUGAUUACUGCGCUGUGCUUUACUGAAAACUUCCCGAGAGGAGAGUUCUGCUCUGCUCGUGGCACAAAAAUGUUUUCACACCAGAACUGAAACUGGGCACGAACGGUUCUUCUGAGUUUUGUGGAAAACUGCCCCUACAAUGUCGAGCUUUGACCGUAGUCCAUUUCCAUAAGGUAGCCAGAUACAAUAUACGCCGGGCGCAGACCACCAAGCAGAAUCAAAACACAGAAGGUAGCCGGUUCAAAGCCAGUCCUUUCACAGCGAUUAAUUUAUUAGGUGCCAUCAUUUGCACAGAAAAGCCGGAGAAGAGUUCUGCUCAGGUUGUGUGAAAAACUGGGAGCGUGUCAGGUGGCGCAAGAAUCCAAUGUUUACUUCUCUGGCCAGUUCGUGGGCAAUAAGUGAAAAGGUCUGAUCAAGCUGUGGGUGGAUAAACCAAAACAAAGCUAACCGUUAGCUUCACUGUCGUCUGCUGACAAGAUUUGAUGGGAAAUCAGAGAAUGCAGCCUGAUACUUUUUAUCGAGGAUUAGAACUCAUUUUGCUGUCAACAAGUCUUCCUUGGUCCACGGGCCAACCCCACCCCACAAAGAGCACGCAGACUUGUGCCAAGGCCCCAGAAUUCAGACCCAGAAGCUUCGUCGGGUCCCAACCAAUCCGCCAUGCAUCUUGCACUUUCCUCUGAUGAGGUCACCGUUGUUCUUUAGUCACCGUUCAGUAUGAUGAUUAUUUAUAAUCGGAUGUUUCUACUUAUGUUAUUGCUGUAUUUAUUGUUCUAAAUUAAAGUGCAGAGUUUAUAAAUAAAGUUUUUAUUCAGUA